GGACCAGCUGGUUACGCGGCGGCCGUGGGUCUCCACCCGAGAGUAUGGCGGCUGGGAUUGCACCGAGGAGCGAGGGACGGACGGAGACAUGCCAGAGAUGGUGAAAAAGAAACAAAGAGCCGCAAGUUCUUCAGUGAAGCGUCCAAACGCUUCCAGCCGGUGCUGUUUUCCUGAGGCGGCCCCCUGCUUGAAAAAUUGCGCCCGCAGUUCAGUGUAGAGGCUAAGCCAGCGUUUUUCCAGUGUCCUCGAUGGAGCAAGUUUGUUUUUUUAUGAUGCAUAGGGGUGAGCUAAGCAGAUGAAAACCCGCACGGUCCACAUCAUCGGGCGAUCUUUUUCUUUCUCCCCGUGCACGUUUUGGACAAUUGCAGUCCUCGGACGCCCGUAUAGCUGUCAGUGUGUGGCCUGCAUGGGGGAAUUUCUACAAUGAAAUCCAUCUUGGGGCAGCGAGUCUUUGUGCUCUGCCAUAGCUGAGCAGCGGCGAGCAAGACCGUGUUAUUGACAACCCGUUCAAAAUGGGACACGAAUGGUGACUGUGGUUCGUGCGGGAACGUUUCGAGUUCAUUUCAAUGACGCGCGGAGAUUGAGACCUUACGACUUGAUUUAAUCCACGAUGCGCGAGUAUAAAGUGGUGGUCCUGGGCAGCGGUGGGGUCGGGAAAUCCGCCCUCACUGUGCAGUUUGUCACCGGGACGUUCAUUGAGAAGUACGACCCCACUAUAGAGGAUUUUUACCGCAAGGAGAUCGAGGUGGACUCCUCGCCGUCGGUGCUGGAGAUCCUUGACACCGCCGGUACCGAGCAGUUCGCCUCCAUGCGGGACCUUUACAUCAAGAACGGUCAAGGAUUCAUACUGGUCUACAGCCUUGUGAACCAGCAAAGCUUCCAGGACAUAAAGCCGAUGAGGGACCAGAUCAUAAGAGUGAAAAGGUACGAGAAGGUCCCUGUGAUCCUGGUGGGGAACAAGGUGGACCUGGAAAGCGAGAGGGAGGUAUCGUCCAGCGAAGGCCAGGCCCUGGCCGAGGAGUGGGGCUGCCCGUUCAUGGAGACCUCGGCCAAGAGCAAAACCAUGGUAGACGAACUGUUCGCUGAGAUCGUUCGGCAGAUGGACUACGCCGCCCAGCCAGACAAGGACGACCCCUGCUGCUCCUCUUGCAAUAUACAAUAGCCCCGGGGGCCUCGAGGAACAGGCCAGGCAAAAAAGUCUACUUAGUGGAAGCUCCUUCGACUCGCAGCAGAGAGAUACACACUUAGACACACACACAUGCACAUGCCAAUUAAACGCAAGAUAAACUCAUGGUUGAACGCGAUGGAUUUUAACUCUGUGGAGCAUAAAAUCAGCAGUGACAUGAUUAUUAAUAACGACAUGUGAGUCAUGAAUACAUUUUGAACGAGGAAUGCUAGGGAUUCUGCCGCAAGAGUAAUUGACAGAUGACAAAAAGAAGAAGAUGUUUGGGUUUUUCUUGUUUUAAUCCUUUGAGAUGUGGGGGAAAUCAUCAGCAGAGAAUCACAGAUCAGGAUCUUUAAUCUUAGGGUCGCUCUGCAGUCUGCUAUGAAUCAGUACAACAUGUUUUCUCCUGGUUUUGUUUGUAUUAGAACACCGAGAUGCGUGUUUUUCUUACCAUGACUCAAGUAGCUGCACACAAAUCCAGUAAUAAUAUGGAUUUCUGGGAUCCAGCUGUUUUAAAUAUUAACGAGUAUCUGAUUUACAGUACAGUUAUCUCCCAGCUUAUUUUGUGCAGUGGUUGGUUUUUCUACUCAUCACAGGGCUGAACCAAAGAGGUGACCUGAAAGCACCUCCGUGUUCUUAGGUUGUUUUUUUUUUUUUUCAGUGGUUGAAGGCGGAAGGGAGAGAAAAUGGUGGAUAAGUCGGCGUCUUUCUCGAAAACAUUGGUGCAGUCAUCUCUUUCCUAUUUUCUCACUUUGAGAUACAAUAGUAAACAUAGCCGAGUGUUUCACAUAUCGUGUGAUGUUUUGUUUUCCUCUCUGGGAGACUUUGACAGCAGACAGUAAUAACAGAACUAUCUGCUUCACCCUGAUGGGACGGAGAGUUCAUCUUUUCAGUGUUUGAAUAUCUCGCCAGACGACCUCUCUAAACUCUCUCCAGGAACGGGUGACAUUUAAAGUGAAGAUGCCAACAUUUGUCAUACUUUACAUUUUCUUUCCCUCCUCCGGUAUCAAUAUGACAUGGGGUGCUCAACGAGUUUCACCCUGAUCCCAUUCUCUGUGUGCGCAGACUAUUCAAAUCCAUAGUAACAAAUAGCAACGACGAAGGCGAUGAUAAUAAGAAUAACUAAAGGUAGUGUAAAUAUUUUGUAUUGAAAGUGCCAGCUCCUGUGAAGACACUGACUCAACACAUGUGGAACUGUCAACUGUAUGCAUGGCUAGUAAACAAAAAAGGACUCUUACUGUUUGAGUUUAAUACAGGCUGUGGAAAUGUGCAAACCAAACAAAUACACGUCUGGAUCUGGACACUGUCUCUCAACUGUACAUCGACAGUAUGUUGCCACGGGAACCAGACUCUCCCCGUGUGACCAUUUUCAUCGUUGAUUUUCUAUUUUUUUAUGUGACCAUUUACUCUUUAUCCCCUCUCUGAAUGGUGACACUGUUACAUUUGACACCUAAACAAUAAAAGUGCGUUCAACACUCGA